GUCUGUCAAGUAACAGUCUGAACAUCGUUUUAGCUAAUGUUAACUAACCGAUGUCUGCCUGCCUGCUAUCAUAGCUAACGUUGAGAUGCUACUUUGUAUUGGUUAUAACAGCUAACGUUAGCUAGUGAUAUAGAACACGUUAAGUAAGGUCUUGUUAGCUAACUGUAACGUUCACAUUGUCGUAUUUACCAGAUUUGCACUUUAAUUGCAGUGACUAGGAUGACUGAAACUGAAACUAUAUAUUUAGCUAACUCAUUUGAUAGCUAGCAAACGUUAGCGACGUUCUUACUAGCUACUAGCUAGCUAACAUUAGCAGGUAUCUCUGAACGUUUCUCAACUUAUAGCCAUUCAGCUGGAUAAUGUCUACCUAACGUUAACAUGUUAAAGUUAAUUAACAAAUUACUGUCAAUGUUUCAUGGAGGCUCUGAUGGUGUUGUCUCAGCAUCAGCUGGAUCAUACAUGUUAACGUUUGUGUUAGCUGAUUUUAACGACAUUCAACGUUAUGACUAUCGGGGAGUUUUUCCGCACCCUUAAUGAGAUGGGCUUCAGUGAAGACCAGAUUCAGGCAGCGGUUCGAGCAGGACACUUUUCAGUGCCAGAGGCUGCAGAAUGGUUGUUGCAAGCUGGAAGUCCCAGACACAAACUGGUGAAACAGCCCAGCCAGCCCACAGGCACAGCUUUCUCUGCUUUCAAUCCACCCAAAGAGAACCCCUCACUUCAGGAUACCACAAAAGACAGUCCAGAGAGAACAGGUGCCUCCCUGACGCUGGGCCACCUGCGAGCUCCGGGCUCGUCCGCUGAGCCUCCGCCACUGGACCUGCGCAUCAGGCAAGACCGCAGCAACUUUGAGGAGCAGCAGAGGCUGCGAGGAGCCGAGGAGGCGCGGGCAGAGAAGAAGCAGAAGAAACAGGAGCGUGAGUUGGUGCUGAAGCGGAUUGCUGAGGACCGGCGUAUCCUGCACGAGAAGAGUCAGCCCGAUGCCCCUGAGGCGCCCGGUGCCGGUGUCCAGGGCCAGAAGCUGGGGGGCCGCGUCCAGACCAGCGUGGAUAACCACUGCAUUCUGAUGAUCCGCUUGCCUUCUGGGGAGUCCAUGCGGGAGCGCUUCCCAGCCGAUGCCCCCCUUCGCCACGUGGUGGAGCACAUUGCCGGACGCCACCCUUCCCUGCCCACCUUUUCCUUGCUCCAGGGAUUCCCACGUAAACGCUUCGGCGAGGCCGAGCUCGCCUGCUCCCUGCACUCCCUGGGUCUCACGCCCAACGCUGCCCUCUGCAUCCAGACCACUCCCCCGGAGACGCCCGCCGACCCACCCAGCCCUGCGCCCCGACUCGCCCCGAGGCAGCCCCAGGAGGAGCCUAUGCCACACGCUGCCCCUGCCCCUGUACCCGUCCCCAUCCCUGCCCCUGACCACCAACCAGCCCCUCUGCCCGGGGAGGUGCCAGCUGCGGAGGAGGAGGAACAGGAGGCGCACCCGGGCCUUCCUCCUCUACUGCCACACCAGGUGUGGGAGGAGGCGCUGGGCUACGCCGGCAUCCCGGGUGUGGGGCUGCCGCUCUCAGGCCCGUCACACUUCUGGGGUCGAGGCCACAAGUUGGUGCCAGGUGACGUCGAGGGCGCCGGAAGCUCUGAGGAUGAGGAGCGUCCAGAGGAGGAGCCUGACCCCCAAUACCUGCUCAACGGUCUCCCACGGUUGCCCUUCUUCCCUGAGAACCGUGGCAGAGGGCCCCUGGAGCCACGACAUCGAUGGCCUGAUCACGGAAAUCGCCUCAGGGAAGCUGAAGCUGAUGAUCCUGCAGACCCAGAGGAGCCCCAGGUGUUGCCAGGUGCCGCAGGGCAGGCGGCAGUGCAGCGCCUUGAGAGGGCAGCGCACCAGGAGGACCCGCUGGCACCCCAGGGGCACCCCUCCCCCCCGAAGAAGGCCUUUAGGACGCCCUCAGUGCCAUCCCUCUGUGUCAUGGCUACACGUGCAACUGUCACGCUCAUGACCGCUCCCAGUAUGCAGUACAGCAGCAGUCUGGCCGGCCUGACCCCGGAGCUGGCUGAGCUGCUGCUGGGCCACAUGGCCCGCGAGAGGCUGUUGCGGCCGCGCACUCUCGAACUCUUCUUCGGCUGCCCGCUGCAGAAGCUCGUGCUCAACAGCUACUCGUACUCCACCAACGAGCUGCUGAGGCAGCUGCGAGCCUUCACCGCCCUCAAGCACCUCAGCCUGGUCAACUCCCCACUCAUCACAGACUCUGGGCUCUCGGUCCUAUCCAGCUUGUUGAAACUCCAGCACCUUAACUUGUCUUCCUGCACCAAGUUGACUGACUGCUGCCUGCAACAUAUCACAGGUCUGAAGUGUCUGUCAUUCCUGGCGCUGGAUCAGACCAAAGUAAGCGAUUGCGGCAUGGUGCUGUACCUGCGCUCGGCCCCGUCCUCCCUCGUCCAGCUCAGUCUGAACCAGACAGCCAUUACCGAGGCAACGCUCGCCGAGAUGCCCUCCUGCACGCCUCAGCUGCGUCUGCUCAGCAUCAAGCACACCAAGGUAGCAGAUGUGUCGGCCCUGGCUGAGCUGCGCUGUCUGCAGACGCUCCACUUAGACGGCACAGGCGUGAGGGAGGAUUCUCUGCAGCACCUGGCAACCCAUUCCACCCUGUCUGCCCUCAGUCUGGCUGGCAUCCCCAUCACCGAUGGUAACCGCACACUGGAGCUCAUCUCAGGUCUCAGGCUAACUCAGCUGACUCUGCCGGGCAGACACUCUGUGACGGACAGCGGGCUGGUCUUCCUCUCACGGCUCGCCAUGCUGUCAGAGCUGGACCUGACUGACUACACCCACGUCACUGACCAAGGGGUCACACAGCUGGCUGCCAUGACCAGGCUGAAGAAGCUGUCGCUGUGCAAUACGCAGGUGACUGAUGCAGGGCUGCCGUCUCUGGCCAGCCUGCAGGAGCUGCUGGAGCUGUGUCUGGACCGCUGUGCCGUCACCAGCCGAGGCGUGGCCGCCCUCAUCACACGCCUACCACAUCUGCAGGUCCUGGGCCUUGCCAGUACUCAAGUGGGAGACACGGUGGUAAGGAGAGGCCUGAUCCACUGCUCAGAGCUGGUGAAGCUCAACCUCAGCAGAACGCGCAUCACAGACCAUGGGCUGAAGUCCCUGCGUCAGACCCAGCUCAGCCAGAUCAACCUGGACAGCUCAGGGGUCACCUUGGUGGGCGUGGCCAACCUCAUCUCCUCCUGCCCGCUGCUGACCAGCGUCCGUGCCAGCCACACGCGCGUCAUCCCUAUGGACCAGGUGUCUGAUGAUGACGACGGCGACGGGACCAUUAACUGAGGUGCCGAGGCCCCAGCACUCUCUCCGCCCUGCCUAAGCGAAACCUGUCCGAUCUCAGCCACUCAGAGCUGAGGCGGCUUGAGUGUAUGGGCCCCCGCAUGGUAAUGGGGCCCGAGGCUUGGGUAGACAUGAGCAGGCUGAUGGUGACAGGCCUUCAGGGAUCAGACUGUGUUGGAUUCGUCUGGAGUUGUUUGACUGGUUCCCACCACUGGAAGUUGAUGAGACACACACACACACACACACACACAGCCUCCUUCCCAUAGGAAAACAGCUUAGUAAUGUGGUAUUUAUAGUGUGUAUUUUCCCUGUUGGCCAUGAUGGCUUUUGACUGGAUGUCUAGAAAUCCAGUGAGGAAUAGGGGUUUGUCUACUCUGCUGCCAAGUAGUCGUACCUUCUAGUUUGAGAGCAACGUCAGUCCUGUGUAGCUGCACCUUACUAUUUGUGAUGACCACAGCUAAAUGUUUUGAAACUGUUUUGGCCCAGUAUCUCAGUGUUCUCCCUGCUUUUUUUUGUUUUGUUUGACUGUUCUCUUAAGAAACGCUGCCCAGGAUAGAAGCCAAAGAAAUGUUCCUUUUGUUGGCACUGUUUAAAUAUUACAAUCAAAUUUGUAUCCGUUUUUAGAGAGGAAACUGUAAUUGGUGUGUUUAAGCAAACAUAUGGUUGGUUUGUGUGGAAAUCAACUAAUUUUGCAUGAAUGUGCUUUCUGACUAGAGCAAAUACUGUGCUCAGGAUUCACUUUAGGCUAUUUGUCACUGAUAAGGGGUCAUUUAGUCCCAUAUCAUUAGGCCUCACACCUGUAAACCUCUGAACCAGAGGAGACUAAUAUGCAUGCUGGAAAUACUCCAGAGACAAACAUGCCCUGUAAGAACAUUCACUCUGUCCGUUCACUCUGUAAUGCCUGAACUAUAUGUGCAAAUAUAUGUAAAUUCAUGCACAACAAAUGCACGUCUGUUGUUCACCACCUAUAUCCCCACAGACUAUGUGCUGUCUGAGAAGCUUAUAAUGGCAACCGUAUUCUUCAGCAAGUAUAGUCAGUUCGUCUCAAACGCAGUUCCUCUUUUUAAACUAGUCCAGAGAAUCACACAACCCUGAAAUGUUUUCUUGGUCACUGGGUUUUUAGGCUUUGCCCUAUUUGUCCAGUUUUUAUAUAGUUUACCCCAAGAUAUACCAAUACCGUUUUCCUCACAAGCUUGCUUUUUCCUGUGAUUCAUUGUGCACAAUGUUACCCAUAACUACCAGAUGCAUUGCAGCAUAGAGAGUUUCAGCAGGCAUUGGUCAUGUUUAAGGAAUGUUGUCCAUCAUUCAUCAUAGCCAACCCUUUGGUCUGGGGAAUUUUUUAAGUGAGGAUGCCCUGAUUAAUGUUAUAAGUUCCUGUUGUGCUGUUGAACCUUUACUGUACUCGCGAUUACCUGCUUUUUCUGUGAUUUCCUGUUUGAAUUCUUUUUAAACCAAGAUGUGCUUUGUCAUUAUCCACAAGCAACAACAAACGUGCGUGAACGUCACCUUUUUUUCAUGUAAUCUGUGCAAAGAUAUAGGCUACACAGCAUGAAAUCUGUAGGUCUGGAAGCUGCUAAGUAACAGACCAGUGCCAUAAUAUAAGCCGUGAGGACUGACCUCACAAAAUGUCACCUGUCUUUUAUUUCAUGUUCUGUUAACGACCGGUCACUCUUUACUCUGGCACUGUUUAAACAUCUCACCUGUUGACUACCAUUACACCUAAUCUUGGAAAUAAAAUAAUUAAAUCAGUCACUGUCCACCCUACCCAGUGAUAACCUGGAAGGCAUAUGUGGACAGGGAUAAAAAAGAAUCACUGUUUUAGCACACUUACUUAGUUCAAAGGGUAAUAAGCAUUUGGAUUCCGGCUCAUUUGUUUGAUAUACUGUUAACUUAAUACUUCACUACCAUGUCGCAAGGGUUGCAAUUUGUUAACGUGUGUUUUUUUUUUUUCCAAGACUGCAAACUGGAAUGCUCUCAGAGCAUUUUGUAACCUGUAAAUCAGAGUUGAAUUAAAUGCAUUAAUAGAGGUU